GCGAGCCGACGGCGUGGAAAGGGAGGGAGCUUCCGCACGGCUCGGAUCAAACGCUGGCGAAGCCCGGCCAGCGCACGGGUGCAAAUAUCCGGAAUUCCGUCGCGGGGUCGGGUUCGCUGGGCUCCCCCGAGCACCGUGAUUCGGGAGGUGAUUUGGGAGCAGCUCGAGCCACAGCUCGGCCAGGUGGGCCACCUGGAAGGGAGCCCCCACGCUGCGCGGAGCGAGGUGGUGGCCCGCCGCCCCCCGGGCGCGCCUCCCGAGCCUGGUGUUGUGUAGACGCAGCCGCUUGCAGCGUCCGUGGGCGUGUUGGGGAAGAAGCUGCGAGCUGAUAGGAGGCACCUUCGUGCAAAUGGUAAUUUGUUUGCGCUGGGAGGGGUGAGGGAGCGAGGAAGCCAGGCCAGUGUUGGUAGUUAGCCCUGGAGGAGGAGGGCCCGCCGGAGCCCGGGGUGUCCGCCGACAAAGCGAUGCCGAGAAAUAACCUGCACGCCCGGCGGCUGGGCCCCCCCCGGGAGGCGUCCACCCAGCCCGGAUUCCGCUCCCCCCGGCCCGCCCCGCUGCUCACCGUCAGCUCCACUCCCGGCUCAGGCCUCUUUUUGGGAAACUUUUGUUUUCUAGACACGCCUGCAUAGGAUUGUGGUAACCCCGAAAGCCUGUUUCUCCCGGAUGGCUAGGCUGGCUGGGCUGGGGCAGCCUAACGCAGCGUGCGGCCGUUACUGCGGAAUUUGUUACUCCAGCCUUCAGAAUCAGGAGGAAGUAACAAAUUGGAUCCAAACAGUAACAUUUUAAUACAUCAAUGAACCUCUCAUUAGGGAAGGCGUCUAUCUUGUAGCGUCGAAGAUGUGCGAUGGCAGGCAUGUCUUGGUCACCAGAUGUGAUGAGCGACUGGAAAGACGUUAAGUGCCAUUUUGAGGGGACAAUUUGAGCAGGAUUAAUUGACUUGAAGUCUCGCUCAUUGUCUCUUUGCGGACUUCACCUGAUUUGGAGGUGGUCCGUCUGCCUUGCUCCCGCCGUCAACUUGGCGCCUUUCGUUGCUUUGAGGACCUGGAUGGGCCUGAGGAGUUGUGAUUCACUUUGCCUGAUUAUUCCAGAUAGCAAUAGAAGUGGAAAACUGUAGCCUGUACCAGCAGAUUUGAAAAGCGCCUUUUUGGAAUUUAUCUGUCCUGUCAGAAAGAAUACACCGAAUUUUCUGAAAACAAAAUACAACUGCAGAAUUGGCUGUGUGCGAUGCGGUUGUGGCUUUGGCCAUGAAGCGGCCAGUCCUGCGUUGCUGUCGCCGUCGGGUCGCGGACUGAUGAGGGAAGCAUGGCCCUCACGAACGGGCAGGCAAGCAGUGUGAACCUCGCGGCUACGGCUUCCGAGAAAAGUAGCAGCUCUGAAUCACUAAGUGACAAAGGCUCCGAGUUAAAGAAGAGUUUUGAUGCUGUGGUUUUUGAUGUUCUUAAGGUCACCCCAGAAGAGUAUGCGGGUCAGAUAACAUUAAUGGAUGUUCCAGUAUUCAAAGCUAUUCAACCAGAUGAGCUUUCAAGUUGUGGAUGGAAUAAAAAAGAGAAACACAGUUCCGCACCAAAUGCAGUUGCCUUCACAAGACGAUUUAAUCAUGUGAGCUUUUGGGUUGUCAGAGAGAUUCUUCAUGCCCAGACAUUAAAAAUUAGAGCAGAAGUUUUGAGUCACUAUAUUAAGACUGCAAAGAAGCUGUAUGAGCUGAAUAACCUUCACGCACUUAUGGCGGUGCUUUCCGGCUUGCAGAGUGCUCCGAUUUUCAGGUUGACUAAAACAUGGGCGUUAUUAAGUCGAAAAGACAAAACUACCUUUGAGAAAUUGGAAUAUGUAAUGAGUAAAGAAGAUAACUACAAAAGACUCAGAGACUAUAUAAGCAGCUUGAAGAUGACACCUUGCAUUCCUUACUUGGGGAUCUAUUUAUCAGAUUUAACAUACAUCGAUUCAGCAUACCCAUCCACUGGCAGCAUUCUAGAAAAUGAGCAAAGAUCAAAUUUAAUGAAUAACAUUCUUCGGAUAAUUUCUGACUUACAACAGUCCUGUGAGUACGACAUUCCCUUGUUGCCUCAUGUUCAGAAAUAUCUGAACUCUGUUCAGUAUAUAGAAGAACUGCAGAAGUUUGUGGAAGACGAUAAUUACAAGCUUUCAUUAAAGAUAGAACCAGGAACAAGCACUCCGCGGUCUGCCGCCUCCAGGGAGGAUCUAGUAGGUCCUGACGUGGGAGCGUCACCGCAGAGCGGCAGGAAGAGCAUCGCAGCCGAGGCAGCCCUGCUCCCACAGACGCCCCCGUCCCCGCGGAAUCUGAUUGCGCACGGACACAGGAAGUGCCACAGCUUGGGCUAUAAUUUCAUUCAUAAGAUGAACACCGCAGAAUUUAAGAGUGCAACAUUCCCAAAUGCAGGGCCGAGACAUCUGCUGGACGACAGCGUCAUGGAGCCCCACGCGCCGUCCCGAGGGCAGGCGGAAAGCUCCACUCUGUCCAGCGGAAUAUCCAUCGGUAGCAGCGAUGGUUCUGAACUAAGUGAGGAGACCUCGUGGCCUGCUUUUGAAAGGAACAGAUUAUACCAUUCUCUCGGCCCGGUGACAAGAGUGGCACGAAAUGGUUAUCGAAGCCACCCGAAGGCCAGCAGUUCUGCGGAAUCAGAGGAUUUGGCUGUGCAUUUGUAUCCAGGAGCAGUUACUAUCCAAGGUGUUCUCAGGAGAAAAACUUUGCUAAAAGAAGGCAAAAAACCUACAGUAGCAUCUUGGACGAAGUACUGGGCAGCUCUCUGUGGAACACAGCUCUUCUACUAUGCCGCCAAGUCCCUGAAGGCUACAGAGAGAAAACACUUCAAGUCAACGUCCAAUAAGAACGUUUCCGUGGUGGGCUGGAUGGUGAUGAUGGCUGACGACCCAGAGCACCCGGACCUCUUCCUGCUCACAGACUCCGAGAGAGGAAAUUCAUACAAGUUUCAAGCUGGGAGCAGGAUGAACGCAAUGCUAUGGUUUAAGCAUUUGAGUGCAGCCUGCCAAAGUAACAAACAACAGGUUCCAACAAACUUGAUGACUUUUGAGUAAAUGCCUGAGACAGCAGAGUGGCACCCUGCCCCUCCGGAGCACUGGGACCCGCGAGCGAGCGCCAGCUGUAUACCAUCCUGUGCCGGGGAGAGCCCAGGGCUUGGCUCAGCCUUCCGGAGUUCUGAACCGAAAAAGCACUAAUUUCAGGGAAUGAAGUGUGAUAUUCCCAGAGAACCGAUUGGAAUUAGAAAACAAACUGCCAUGAACCAUGCUUCUUAUCUCUGAACUGACCUGUGGAAACCACUGCCUUAAAAGAAUGAAAGGAAAACCAACACGACACCAAAUAGUGUGUGUGAAUCUUCUGGCGCUGUGCUUGGAGUAGAUCGUAGCAAAAUUGCAUUUCUUUUAACUUUGUACUAAUUUUGGAGGGGGGAAUCACCUUUUUUUAGAUACACGUAAAAAGGAAACCUAUUUCUUAGGGAUCAGGGCAGGAGCUGAUCUUAAGUUGUGGGGAAAGGUAGUUGAGUAGGCGUCCCACCAGCAGCCCACCUGCGCCGUCGGUGGGGCCUCUGGCCCUCUGUAGCCUAGCUUGUUUUCUCACCAGGAGAACGUAGGAGUUAGAAGUGUCAAUAACGUGAGUUAGUGUUUGUCUGGGAUGGCGGGUGCUGUUUAUUUUGUUUCGGAUGAGAGGCGUUUAAACACUAAACGGGGGAUUUGGGACUGUGUGGAGGACGUUGUUUCUUGCAGGCAGUCCAAAAACGGACUGUUGGUUUGCCGGAUGGUUUUGUAAAGUAAGCUUCAGAAAACAUGGCUGGUUCUAACGGGCUAAAGACCUGCGUAUGAAGAACUGUAACCCCAGUCUCAGAUUCUUUUCUGUCAAGUUGAUUAGACUAGCCCUUCUCCUUCCUGACUUUGAACCUCUACAUUGAUGGACAUUUUGCCAGGGUAUUUUCUUUUACAGUGUUUUAUGUGCGUAAUGCCAGAGUUAUUUUUUUAUUAUUCAUUUUUGUUUGGGUUCAGUGUGAGAUUCAGGAUCUAUUUGUUCAAAAAGACUCUACAUACGUACAUAAUGUCUGUAACUUAUCAAAAGACAUAUAGAAUAACCUGAAGAGUGAUACAGGUGAAAGUGUGAGGUCCUGGGAAUUUUAAGCAACAAAGUUCUCUCUCUACAGCUUGCCACAGACACAGCAGCAUAUUCCCCGGAGGCCCCCAGAGCUCCCUGCUCAUGUUUUGUCACUAUUGGCCUAGGUGUUUUGUGAGAACUCCUCUAUGCAGUCACACGUUUUUAAGAUAAAUGUUGGUUACUGAAACAAAAUUUGAAAGUGAGAAACCAUAGAAUUUCAGGGGGAAAAAUGUCUUAAAGCAAGACUACGUGUUGAAAUUAUAAAUUCCCGGGACAUUGUAAUACAUUUCAGCUGUGAUCAGAGUGAGAAACACUUCUUGACUGUUAACUGCUAAGAUUUCUGGUACUUUAGACCUCACAUAAAAUUUCUCACAUUUGUAUUCUUAAGAUAAUUUCAGACUUUUUUUGAUAUGAAAAGUAUUUAGCCCUUGAGUCCCUGAAACAAAAAUAGAAAAUAUUUAGCUUAAAGGAAAAAAAGGACAAAAACCAAAAGAGCUUUUACUUUGUGCUAAGUAUUAAAAUUUAGUUUUCUACUUGAAAAAGAGUUGAAACAUGUUUCUCGUGCAGCAGUUAGAAAAUACCAUGAUUUCCGGGUGUUGAACAUAGGCUGGAAAAGGCAAGGUGCUCCCUGCACAGCAUGAGUCUGGGGUUGAUGUUCUGAGCUUCCCCAUGUUUGGGUCCUAGCCAGCAGUAUUACUCUGUAGUCUUGCACAUAUUACUUUUUUUUUUUUUUUGCAUUUAAAAAAUUGUCUUGAUUUGUUAAUUUCUUUUUGGAAAUAGCAUUUUAAUAGUGUAUGUACCUUUUUUUUUUAAGAUGUUGUGAGAACCCUGUGGAUUUUUUUAUUGCUUUGUUUGUCAUAAAUAAGCUAAACUAGGUGUCUGUGGAAGUCCAGGCCUGACAUCACACAGUUUUGCCAAAGAGUGAAAGCCGAGCGGGAAGAUGUGUGACGCUUUCAGCCCUGAGCUGUUCAUUUAUGUUUGCGUAGCAGAAGAAUAGUGUUACAUUUUGUUAAAGAGCUGUGUCCAGUAAUUGGCUGAAAUUGAAAAGAUUUGUCAGUAUUUUUAAGGUUAUUUUAGCAUUUAAGGCAGACCGAAACCACUAGGAGAAAUGAACUAAACUAAGAUAGUAUGAGCGAGUUUUUGAUCUGCAGCUCAAUAAAUCAUAUCUGAUAAUAACUCAAGGAAAAAACAUUUUAUUCAUCAGAAGAUGAAUCUUAUUAAAUCUACCCUCAACUGCAAAUUCAUGACUUGGCGCUCAAAAUUGCUGCCAUCGUUACACUCAUGGGUUUCCUCCCAAGCCAAGACAGAACUCAUUAUCAAUUUAAUUUGUAAUUUAAACACAAGCUGAUUUGUGUUAAGCAUACAAUUGGCACAAUAUAUGGCCUGUGUAAAUAUAAAAGAUGAAUCAAGUACAGUUGGAGACAUGUCUCAGCUUACAACUUAUUUGAGCAUGGAGGCUUGGUUUUCCUAAUCCAGCCAUGAGAACACUUGCGAAGUGCCCUUACAGGCUGCUGUGUCUGGGUUCAUGUCCGCUCUGGAUUUGGGCACUGCCCAUCUCUCCAAGAGUUAUUUUCAGCAUUCCUUCUGAACUGUAAGAACCUAGGAGCUGACCAGGCACACCUUCCUUUUACAUUGUCUUCACCAUGUAGGUAUUACUGUUUAAACACACAAAAAGGGAUCCAAAAACUUUGAGUCCUGAAUGGUUUCUCCCUUCAUACGCAUGUGCCCAAAAAACACUAUUGUGAGAAAAGGAAGACAUGUUGACGCUGUCAGCGAGCCUCUGCCGGCUGGUCGACCCGGGGGCCCCGACGGAGCCGCCCAUUGACCUCAGGACUGAUGUCUUAGAAUUUCACUGGUCAAAGGACUUGGGCAUAAGUCUUGUCUUUUUUAAGGUUAAAUAUGUAAACUAGAUUCAUGCACUACUUAAAAAAAAAAAAAACAAAAAACCCUGCAGGGAAUGCUGCUCGUGGGAAGCAGAAGUGUGAGCAGACUUCAUCCAUCGUCCACUGCUGCUCCGUGUUCCUUUAUGCCCAGUUUUUAAAUUGUCUCUGCAAACGAGAUCACGGUGUUGCUUCAUAACAUUUCACGAAAUCCUCAGCUUCAAAGUCUACCGAAAACAUCGGGUCCUUUUCUGAAAGAGAAGGUGUCGCAGUGGAGCAGGGCAGCCCCUCUAGGUGGAGGUGAUGUCCUAAAGCAAGCGAGGAGGCCUGGCUUCGCUAGCGGCCGUUGAAGCUGGCUUUCAUUUUCUCUCUUUUUGUGCACUUUCUUUCCAGUGUAGCAAGUUUAUGAUUUUACAUCUAGAGUGGUAUCCUUUGCUGUUUAAGCUUUAAGAUACAAAAGGAAGAAGAACAAGAAUGCCGGUUGAUCACAUUGAUGAUUAAUUGCUUUCCACAUGAACUUUUUCCGAACAAAUAUCUUUUGGUUUUGCCCCCUUAAUGAUGGCGGGUGUCUAAAGUGAUUUUUUUCUUUCCUAUUUGGAGACUUACAGUGAUUGAGAGAGCUGUGUAUACAAACUUAAGAAGCUUAUUUGAGAGCAGUUUCUUUAUGCUGAUAUCUCAAGUUGUCAAGUGGGGAAGGUUUGGUCAGUGCCUUACCAGUUUGAAGAUCAAGUUUAGAGCAUGACGAUCCCAAGAAUCAUUGGCCCUCUUACUCCUCCGCUUCAGGAAUGUGUGCUAAUCCUCUGUCCGAGCUUAGUGCUUCUCAUGGCGUGUGCAGGAACGGCUGUACAGGUGCUCCAGGGAACUGGGGCAGCCCGUCUUAACUUGUCUCUUAAAAGAAGCCCUGCCCUGUCUUCUUUCGAGGUAGGGUUUCCAGUUUAAACCCACUCCAGUGGACCCUGAGACAGAUCUCCCUGCUUUGAUGGGGCACUCGUGCAGCUGAGGCCAUUUGUACUUUGUUUCUGUUGUCGUUGUGAGCAGAGAUUUAAUAAGACCUUUUGGAAAAGUCCCUAAGAGACUAAGAUGUUCAUAUAGUCGGCAAGACUUGUUAGGUUUGUUGAAGCUCCCAAAAUCUUGUAAUGAGAACCCCUGUGACCAGAGGAGAGGAUGCCUUCGGUUCAUUCCUCCAUCCAGAUAAGACUGAGUGGUCAAGCACUCGUUCAACCUGCCAGUUGUUUUUUUUUUUUUUGAAAAUAUGCUGAAAAGUGAAGGCAACACUUGGGAAGUAUUUUUGCUUCUCUGAGAUUGUUGGAAUACCUGAAGUUCCUGGUGUUUAUUUUAAACAGUCAGCUGGUUCUUGGGAGCUAUUAGCAAAAUUUAAAUUUUGGUUCUAGCCGUUUGGACUAUUAUGUGAUGUCAAGAUUAAAACAAUGCAUAAUUACAGGUAUCUGGGAUUGAAAAGCUUUUUUUCUUAAUAGAAAAAAAGAACCAUAAAAUACUGGCUGUGCUUUAAAUAACUGGUAACAAUACAUUUCCCAAGAAUGUCACCUCCGAUAAUGACUGGCUUCGUAGGUGUGCUAAGUGGGACAGUUAAGUGUCCCACCCGUGAAGUGUUUCAAUACCUUGGUAAUUGACAAACUCUUUGUCUUAUGGCCUACUGAGAUGUAUUUGUGUGGGAAGAGCGUUGGGAAGUGGUUCACAUCAUAAUCUGAAGGAAUUCUAACGUCUGGGGAUAAGUACACCAGAAAACAGGAGCCAUUUUAAUCUGUGUCCCAAUGAACUUGAGGUGCUCUGCGAUGCAGCACUUGAUUGCACUAUGACCUCCUGGAGUGAUGUGCAGCUUGGUUCCUCCCCCACUUUUUGUUUCUUUUUUAAUAUGCAAAUGUGAGUGUGUGAUCUUCAGUGUGUUUGCAUAAGCUAACUUAACAUGAACUUAAGUACAGUUUUCUGAAAUAUUUCUAUUGAAAUAAAUUACUUAAACUGA